AUGAUUUACUAUGUCGUCUACACGGCCAGGAAAGAAAAUGCUGUUGUUUACAAAGAUGCCCAUGCUGGACCUAUAUGGCUCAGGGGAGGACUUGUGCUAUUUGGAUUCCUCAGUAUCGUCAUGGACAUUUUCAAGAUAGCCAGUUAUGUGGGCUACCUCCACUGUGAUUCUGCUGUUAAGGUGGCAUUCCCUGUGGUGCAACUUGUUUUCAUACUCGUGCAGACAUACUUUUUGUGGAGCCAUACCAAGGACUGUGUGCAGCUACAAAAGAACAUUACACGCUGUGGGCUGAUGCUCACCCUCUCCACAAACCUGGUUCUGUGGAUGACUGCAGUCACUGAGGAGUCCCUUCACCAAACAAUAGUCCCUGACUAUCCGAGCAACAUCACUAAAAUCUCUGGACGAAGCAUGUACAUCAAUAAAGCGGGUUAUGGAGACGACAAGUGCAAGUGCAGCCACACUUCUUGUGGCAUCUUCAAGCAAGCCUACUACUACUUGUACCCCUUCAACAUCGAGUACAGUCUCUUUGCCUCUGCCAUGGCCUACGUCUUGUGGAAAAAUGUUGGCAGAGUACUAGACGAGCACAGGCACCACCACAUCAAAUUUUGCCUGAAGGAUGUAAUUCUGGGCCCUAUAACAGGAGUUCUCUUGGUGGUGGCAGGUCUGGCAACCUUUGUCGUAUAUGAGAUUGAAAUCCAAGGAGACAGUAGCAAUGAUGACAAAGACAAAGCAGUGAUGAUGUACUUUGUCAUGAAUAUCGUGAUACUGACCCUGAUGUCUGUGUCCACUGUGAUCGGCUGUGUCAUCUACAAAGUGGACCACAGGGAGCACGUGUCAGACAAAAACCCCACACGCAACCUGGAUGUGGGGCUGCUUGUGGGAGCCUCUCUGGGACAGUUCAUCAUCAGUUAUUUCUCUAUCGUAGCUAUGGUUGCAACCGGAGCCAAAGGCUACCUGAACAGGCUCAACCUGACUGGGGGUAUCCUCAUGGUGAUCCAACUCGGCCUGCAGAACUUUUUCAUCAUCGAAGGUCUACAUCGGGAGCCCUUCCACGAGGUGCACCCAGUGGUCACUGUGGUUGCAAAUCCAUAUGUGCUGCAGCCAAGCAAAGAUCUGGGUAGCCUUGGAGGAUCAGAUAUGGACACAAAGCCCAGUCCAGCGUUCACAGCGCAGAGCCUGCAUGGCCACACAGCUGAGCACAGACACAAACUGUUGUGGAAGAGACGGGUGCUGAAGGAGGUCUGUUCGUUUUUACUGCUGGGCAACAUCAUAGUGACUGUGGAUUAUGCCGGCAUUUGGUGCCCGUCCCCAAUUCGACCAUGA